GACGACCACUCUGCAGUCGAAGGAAGAGGAAGUCACAAGUCUCUCCAAGCAGCUGUCCUUCAAGCGUUCCUCGCUGGACACUCUUGCGAAGAACGAAAUCCAGAAUCUGAAGCAGCAGCUGGAGGAAGCGGAGAGCGAGGUGUCUUCGCUGAGCAAGCAGCUGGACGACAAAAGCCAAGCUGUGAUCCAGCUGCAGCAUGAGGCCGAGAAGCUGCGCGAGCGAGUGAAGCCCGAGUCUUCCACGGUGGAUGUCGAAGAGCAUCUUCAGGAAGUCAUGAAGCGAAACGAGGAGUUGGAAUUGCAAAUCGUGUCGCUCCAGCGCCAGCACGACGCACAGUGCGCCGAGACCACAAAGCAAAUGGACGAGAAGGCCACGGAGAUUAGCGAGUUGCAGUAGUGCCACGCUUUGAUUUGGACUCUCUAGACAAACGAUCGCGUCUCUCAGAACCCAGGUGACUGGGUUGGAAGGCCAAGUGACGACGCUGCAGGGAGAGAAGGAUCGAAUGCUGGAGGAGUGGAAUGCGGACAAGCAGAAGCUGGAAGAAGAGCGCCAGGCGACGCUGGCGAUCCAGAACGAGCUGCACGAGAAGGAAAAAUGUCUCGCGGACACGGCUCAAGAGCUGGUGUCGGUGAAAGAGGCGAUGGAAGAGACCGAGAGCAAGCUUCGCUCCUCGAAGGAGGAGCUCGAGGUGCUGCAGGGACAGCGAGCGGAAUACGUCGAGCAAAACAAAAAGCUGGAGGAAGAGGUGGAGAUCCUGAAGAAGGACAACAAGGACAUGAACGUGCAGCUCGCAGACGAUCUAAUUUCCAAGCUUCAGUCCAGCGGAAGCAGUGAAAAGGGCUCGCCACUGCCGACCGUGUCCGCCGCCGUGGACGCGUCCGCCUUCACGUUGAAGACGUUCCUGAUCUUCUUAGAGACGAUUUUGUCCAAGUAG